AUGAUUGAUUGUUGCAAUGGCGCGCCAACGGGGGCUGUUAUGGGCAUAGAUUUCGGUACUGACAACUGUGUCGUUGCGAUUGCACGCAGGAAGGGAGUUGAUAUUGUUAGCAACGAAGCCUCUCAAAGAAGCACUCCCUCAAUUGUAUCUUUCGGAGCAAGUGAGAGGUUCAUCGGAGAGCGAGGCUCCUCACAGAGGAUGAUGAACCUCAAGAACACCGUGUCAGAGCCGAAGAGGUUACUCGGAAGGAAGCUGCAUGAUGGGGAGGAGCUGCAAGACUUCACCAUCAAGCUUGAGGAAGAGAACGAGGAAGUUGUUUCCAGAGUCUCUCUCUGUGGACAUGAUAGGACGUUCACCCCCACUCAGCUCGUGUCAAUGAUCCUUGGGAACUUGAAGAAAAUAGCUCAAGCUGAUCAUGGAUCUGAAGUGAUUGACUGCGCCAUCGGAGUUCCUGUGUACUUCACCGAAAAGCAAAGAACUGCUUUGAGAGAGGCUGCUUCCAUUGCCGGAUUGAAAUCCCUUCGAUUGAUCAAUGACAACACAGCCACAGCUCUGGCAUACGGUAUUACCAAGACUGACUUGCCAGAAGACAACCCGAGACAUGUAGUCUUCCUGGAUUUAGGACAUGAGAGCACGCAAGUUUCUGUAGUUGCUUACAAGAAGGGGCAACUCAAGGUCUUAUCACAUUCGUACAACAAGGAGAUCGGCGGUAGACACAUUGAUAAAUUGCUGUUCGAGCACUUCGCGGAAGUUUUCAACCAGAAAUACGGUGUCGAUGCUAGGAAAAAUUCACGUGCAAGCUUGCGCCUUCGCACUCAAUGUGAAAAGUUGAAAAAAACCCUUUCAGCAAAUCCGAAGGAUCUCGAAACGCCGAUUCAUGUUGAAUGUAUGAUGGAAGAUAAGGAUGUAUCAGGUAUGUUCACUAGGGCGCAGCUCGAGGAAUUGUUAGAAGGCCAGGGAUUGUUGGCCAAGAUCCAAUCUACCAUUGAAUCAGCCAUGGAGUUGUCUGGAAUCAAGAUGGAUCAGGUGGACAGCGUCGAGAUGGUUGGAGGAACUUCGAGAAUCCCUAGAGUUCGUGAGUUGGUAUCGGAAUUCUUUGGCAAGGAUUCAAGAACAACCAUCAACGCUGCCGAGAGUGUGGCAAGAGGUGCAUCCUUGGCUUGUGCGAUGCUCUCGCCAGCCUUCAGGGUUCGUGAAUUCCGCGUGUCGGACUGCUGCUUGUUUCCCGUUGAAGUGCAAUAUUACUCGGAGGACGGUUCGUGCAAAGGCAAAUUGGAGUUCGAACGAGGCUCUGAGGUCCCAGGACAGAAGAGCCUGAAGCUCAAGACCGCUUCUCCGGUGCACUUUGAAUGGAUGCACAGUCAGGCUGAAGGUCUUCCGAAGGAUGCAUCUGUUGUGCUGUGCAAGCACAAAGUUAAUGUUGAUCCGAAGAAAGGAGAAUGCUUGUUGAAGUUGGACUUGGGUUUGGGACUUGACGGAUGCCCGGCCAUCUUUUCUUGCGUGAAGGAAACUCAGGAAGAGGAGAAAAUCUCUGUGGACACAACGUUUCAACUCGGAAAUCUUCCUGAAGCCCUUGAGAGAUUGAUGGAGGAUGAGCGAAAUAUGGCCAGCCACGAUGAGCUUGUCCAUGAGACCCAUGCAAGCAAGAACUCGUUGGAAGAAUAUGUUUACAAGAUGCGAGAUGCAAUCUCCUCCACGUACUCUCAGUACGAGUCGGAAGACAAGAAGCGCGAGUUUCUCAAGAGGCUGGACGACAUGGAAGAAUGGCUCUAUGGAGAUGGAGAAGAAACCAGCAAGGACGUGUACGUCGAGAAGCUCAAGGAGCUGAAGCAGAUUGGGGAUCCUAUCGAGAGCAGGGCCAAGGACUUUGAAGACGUUCGAGAGGCCUUUGGGAAGAUGAGGAGCUACAUCGACUUGUGCAGGAGGAUGUCGCAUACCGAAGACAAGAGAUUCUCUCACAUCACAGCUGAGGAACGUGCCAAGGUUGUUGAGGAGUGCAACCAGUAUGAGAAGUGGGUGCAGGAGCAGGAAACCAUCAUAAAGGCAGCUCCCAAGACUGAAGUUCCACCCAAGUUUGCGUCGGAAGUGGAGUCCAAGAGGUCUGACCUGGAGCAUGCUUGCAAGAAGAUCAUGAACAGACCGAAGCCCAAGGCUCCUUCCCCUCCUCCUCAAGCUGACAAGCCUAUGGAGGAUCAGCCGAAAGAGGAUGAGCAGGCCAAGGAGCAAGAUGAGGAUGAGCCUGAGGAAAGGAAGGAUGAGGAUGCCUGGAUGGCAGACGAGGCAAAGCCCGACCAAGCAGCCCCAAUGGACACGGAGGCAACAGGCGCCGCUGCGGAAGAGGAUGGGCCCGUGGAGAUGGAGAAGAUGGACUGA